AUUGAAACAUGAAGUGGAUAAUACUGAUUGCUCUCGGAGUUCUUGGCUCGAUGGCGACUCUUGUAUUGACGGCUGAAUUAGGACAUACAGAAAACAAUGGAUUCCAAGAAGAUGACGGAGAUACUCUAGAGGAGGAUUAUCGUCAGUUCAUUGAUAAUGACCCAGACGUCGAGGAGAUGAUAAACAAAAUCGGUGACAUCAUGCUUGAUAAUUGGUUCAAGAAAGCUGGUCAUAGUAUGAGCAGAUGGUUCAAGAAAGCCGGACAUGAUACUAAAAAGUGGAUCAAGAAGGCAGUGCCUGAUGCUGGGAAGUGGAUCAAGAAGGCAGUGCCUGUCGCAGUUAGUGUAUUGAAGAAGGGGUGUAAACUCGUAAACGCGAUUCCAUCUGGAGAACUAGUUCCUCGGAUGAAAGAGUCUCUUCGAAGCCAAGGUAUAUCGGAGGAAGAACUCAGCGAGGAACAGGCUGCUGCUGUUUAUAAAGGAGUAAAGGAUGCCUGUCAGGUCAUUGGCUAACAUGUACGCAGGUUGGGAUAGCAUAUUCUGAGAGAAGGCCGGAAAGAAAGGAUGCAUAUCUUGUAGUUACUCUUCACGUUUGUUUGUGGUUUUUCUUGAGAGUCGAGGAACUGAUUGUAUAAAAAUAAAUGUUAGCUACAUUUCUUUCUUCUUUAUCCAUUUAAAAAGUGCUCAGUUGUUUAAUCAUAAUAGCGAGUUAGUAUUUUGAAUCAUUGGUCCAUUCAUCUCGGUUUAUUUGAUGAAAUAUCCUUGAGAAUAAAAACAGUCGGUCUAAAGAAUGAUCUUAUUCCUUGCAGAGUAAUUGCAAUUGCUUCACCCCGAAAAUGAUAAAACACUAAUACAUGUAUCUGAAAUUUAUUGUUUUCUUGUUAAAUUUGUUAAUCGUUAAUACUUAGGUGUCAUUAUAAUAGGCUGUUUUUAUUUAUACAGAGAAUCUUGACAUGUAUCACAUCGUACCAUUGCCACAAUGUUUUGCCUUCAAAAAUUGAAGUUUGUCACAAAUUUUCAAGAAUUAUGAUAUUGCUGUAACGUAUGUGUUUCUUUGGAAGAAUAUUUUUUUACUUUCACAAGUGCUCAUAUUAAAAAAAAACAAUCAAUCAAUAUUUUCCUGCUGGAAGUGGUAAUUUGGGCAACUUACUUUAUAUUCUAUUCUCGCUAACAAGUUAUUUUCUAGUUGUUAUUACAUUUCAAUAGUAUAUUGCUUCUAUUACUGUGUGUUUGAAGUCGUAAACUUAUUUCUUAUACGGAUUCCACUUGCAUAUUUAUUAAUGCGUGCACAUAAGGGCAACUCCGAGAUAAGUCCCAAUUACGUCAUACAAAUAGGCGUAUAUUAUGGAAUUUUAUCAGGGAACAGAGAACAUACAUGUCAUAAAACAUCAUUCAAUAAUGUCAGUUGGGCUUUAUUUAAUCUUCAGUAGGGCUAUAAGCCUGAUACAAUUGUUUUAAUUUUAAUUUUAAUUUAUUGAAAUUCUUAGAUGUAUUUGGGAGAAAAUUACUAUGAGUAGCCAACCAAUAAUAAAUGCUUGUAAAUUAAUAUAUUUCUGUCUGAAAACCUUU